GUGAAACUGCAACGGGCGUUACGCUUCACAUUCGCCCACGCGACGUCGCUUUGGUGUGGAGAACCAGGUCAUAGCGCUAAUGUGACUGCAAUCAGUUUCAACGUUAACAUUGUUGACCUUCCCAAGGUUGCUAGCUUUGCUCCUUCUGUGAGUAGUGGCCAGCAAUAUUUAUGCACAUGCAAAGAGAAGGAAAGAAAGACAAAGGAACAGAACUGGAGAAAUGUCCGCUUGCAUACACACCUACCCAUGAUCAGCCACGUGUAAGAAAAAAAUCACCAGGCGGAUGUCACACUUGCGAAGUUGCGCAAGAGAGGUGUGCACCAAUAUGUGUAUAUUUACGCGCACAAGACGAGGAGACCCAUGAGUAGAACGCAAAAUGAGCCGCUUUUCACUUCAAAAGAUAGUUUUUAAUGACGGCAAAUUGUUGAGCUGUGAAAAUGCCCCCAAGGACGAUGCCCCUAAAGACGAUGCCGCUUCGUUUAAAAGCCUCACCACCUCACAAUUUAGAAGCGACAAAGGAAAAAGUGGGCCGCCUCAUCAGAGGGUCGAAAAUCCGGAGAUGAAGUGUGCACCCAAUUUUGAAGACACGCCAAAUGGUGCUUCCCAGCAAAAGUGUGAGGACCAUAGAAGUGGACCCCCCGCAGUGAACAGUGAACACAUCGUGGAGGACAACAAAAAUAGGGGGUACAUGAAUUUGAUAAAAAAUAACGUAAGAAAUGUUAUCAGUAAUAUUAUUAAUAGGAAGUCCAUACUGGGAAGGAAAAACAACGAAGAUGUGAGGGAAGACGAGAAAAAAAAGGCAGGUGAGGAAAAGGGCGAAGGGAAGAAUAGCAAUGCAGCUCUGAGCAGGGAGAAGUACACCAGUGUAGCGCUGAGCAAGGAGAAGCACACCAGUGCAGCUCUGAGCAAAAGAGUAGAAUUUCCUGACGCGAAUGGGGCACCCCCAGAUUUGAAACCAACUCCAAGGGGUACUGAAAAAAAGGGAAGCACCUCCAACUGGGUUAGAAGCAACCAUGAAAAUAAGUCCUCCGUUAGAAAAAAUUGGACAAACGUGAAAAAUGUUGCCAAAAAGGAUGGCCAAAAUGUUGGCAAAAAUGUCCAAAAUGAUGGCAAAAAUGUUGGCCAAAAUAAUGACUCAAAGGUGAAUCUGGGCGGGGUGGCCAAAGACAUGAUCGAUGAGUCCACGGGGGGGAAGACACAGCUAAGCGGAAGGGGAACUCCAACAAAUGAGAAAAAUCGAGGCGCAGAAAAGGUCAGCCACGGGGACGGCAGCAGAACCAACAGAAGUAGCAAAGCAGUGAACGAGAAAGCACGCAAUGAGGUGGCGUCUUUAAGUGGGAAGGGACAGGCGCUCAUUAGUAGAGCCCCUUCUCUGACUGGAAGAACCCCUUCGCUUAUUAGUAGAGCCCCUUCUCUGACUGGAAGAACCCCUUCGCUUAUUAGUAGAGCCCCUUCGCUAACUAGCAGAACCCCCUCACAAACUAGCAAAACCACAUCGCUAGCGGCCAAACCGCUAGCUGCCAAACCGCUCAUCUUGGGAAUAAAAAAAAAUGAAAAAAUCCCGAAUAAGCAAAACGCCUUCACCUCGAGGACCACACACAACAGGGAAAAAUACACAGGCAGAAGUACCUCCCCCAAUUUUCUGCACAAUGAUAGCUUCCAAAAAAACUUAAAAAAGACGUUAAUUGACACCAUCAUGAAUCCUGACAAGGGGGAACGCACGCCAGGAGUAGCGGCAGGGAUAGCACCAAGGACAGCGCCAGGGACAACCCCAAGGACGGUCAAAACGCUCAACCGAAGCGGACAUCCCGACUUGCUCAGAAGGGACACCCUUUCAAAUCAAAAGGGCUUUCCACAUGGAGACAAAACAAAAAGCGUAAUCAAAUACCCGUCGCCAAUCAAUGCGAAUAGUGCCAGAGAGAUUGGCCACCAUACGAAAGGGGAUAACCUGUUCGAAACGAAGCAACAAAUGAUUAGGAGGUACUCUACAGCGGUUCGAAACAGAAACUCGGUGCUAAGAAAGAACAGCGUAACGGCGAAUGGACACCUCUCCCUUUAUAAGCUAAAUGGAGAGGGAAACGAAAAAAAAAAAUUAUCCUCUCAGCCAAAUGGUACACCAAAAGUGAUGAGCUCUACUAACGACUUGCAAGCUCCUGAAAAUGCAGAAUGGACCAGCAGAGAGGGUGGAGAAGCUUCUCAAAAGGAUCUCUCACCGGUCGGUGCAAAUUAUAAGAAUAAAGUGGCCCCUAAGUUGUUUCCCUUGCAAAGGAAAAAAAUAGACGGGUUGAUGAAUUCAUUUCUAAAAAAUGGGAGACCGGUUAAGGAAACAUCACCCACGGGGGGAGCUAAAUGUAAGAAUAGUCCAACGUCGAAGCAGGGUACACAAAAAUGGGGACUACACAAACGGGUGGGAGGAAAUAAUGAGCCACCCCCUCUGCAUAUGCCCAAACGAUUCAGCACGAUGAAUUUUACGAGGGUAAAUAAGGAAUGUGCAGUGCCAAGCAGGACACUGAAACGGUUUGAUAGUGUAGCUAAGGGUCAGGUAAAAAAGGGGGUGGAUCUUAAAACGGGCUACAAAUUAGAUACAGGCAUGAGGCAGAAGCGUUUUUCCUUAGUGAGUAAUUUGGAGAAGGUGGGCCAUGCGCAUUCUGGUGUGAAAUCUCAAAGUAGAUGUACGUCGGAAGGGGAUGAUGUUGAUGAUGAGAGGGGGUCCUUACCCAGUCAUGCUGUCAAGGGGGAGCAAAUAAUUGGCGAGGUGGAACACCCAGUGAGGGAAGCACCACUCGAGGGGGGUGACCAAAGGGACGCGAUGGAACUACCAACCGGGGAAGCACUUCUAGAAGGGGGCGAAAAAAGUGAUAAACCGGAGGAGCAUACACCAGGUGGAGUACUCACAGGGGACGAGGCAUAUUACAAUUCGUCAGCAGUGAACUCGGCCCAGACGAAAUACCGCGAAACGGAUUUAUAUGAAAAUUACAACGACACCACCAUGAUGGUGCUAAAGAGAAAUUUGGACUAUGGAGAGGAGACGCCUAGAUGUGUUACCCCCAUGUGGGCAACUCAGGGGGGGGGAAGCGGUGACCCAGACGAAGUUGGACCGGGGGAAGCUGAACGGGAGGAAGCUGAGCCGGAGGAAGGUCAGCCAGACGAAGCUACACCAGACGAAGCUACUCCAGACGAAGCUAAUCAAAUUGGACCCUCUCCCAUGGCCCCAAGUGACCGCUUAUCAGAUGCCGCACAAAAAAGCAGUGGGGUCGAUGCGCGAGAGAACCAUCAGUCGGAUGGGCUGCGCACCCUGCUAGGAGGAGAAGUGGCCCAAUUUUGCACCGCCGAAGAAACAUUUAGGGGUGACGAGAUAGAUGCCGCUAAAGGUGAGAAUGAUAAGGUGGAUGAUUCAGACAGGGAGUUCAUCACCCUUGUGAAGGGGGAGAGUUUCCUCAAAGAUCGCUCAUCCGACAGUCUCAUCAGCUACGCACAAAUGGAGGAGGUAGAUAAGAUGCCCGUAAAGGAAGAACAAAAGGGGGAGGUCCUCAUUCGAGGUGAUAGUCGUGACGGCGUAAAAGAAGAAGGCAGUAAUUACGGUGGGGAGAAUGGGGAAGUUGCCGAAAUAGGGCAGUGCAAAAAGAGCGAUUAUGUAUGCAUAAGGGUAGAGUCCGAGGAUGAAGACCUCAUUACUGAGAAUGUGAAAUUUUACUUAAAGAGCAAAAGUCAAGAGGAUGGAUUCAAAGCCGAGUGGGGAGGGGGAGGUGCUUCUAAAGGUUGGGUAGCUAGCCAAGGUGUAAAAAGUGAUGAAAAUGUCUCGGCUAAAGUGACUACUGGGCAGGUGGGCGAAUUGGCCGCUUCGCACGAAAAAAGAGUUAUUCUGGAGGGGGAGCACGAAGAAGGAAUGAUACCGGAGGGGGAGCACGAAGAAGGAAUGACGCCGGAGGGGGAACACGAAGAAAGCUCAUUCCCCCAACAUAGCGACAAAGGUAACGCGUUGCUACCCCCCCAUGCACCUCUAAUGGGGGGAACCGAUCCACCUGAAACACACCACUCAGUGCAACUUCCAUCUGGCUUAAGCGAGAAUAAUAACACACCGCAAAUUUUGGGGGGGAGAAAAAGCGGUGCACGUGGAAAGAGUAGCGCCAUUUGUGGAGACGAUCAAAGCAGUGUAAGGGGAAGCCAUUUGAAGGCACCCCAGAUAUGUGGGAAGCAUUCCCCUCGAAGGAGGAACAAAAUGGUGAGGAAAAAAAACAUGUAUAAUUUCUGCUCCAAGUACAAGAGGAAUUACAACCUGAGUUUGGAUAACCGCAAGGGGAAGGAAAGGAAAGUGGCAAGCCAUGGAGGAGAGAACGAACAGGUGGGUACACAUGCAGAGAGGGGCUCCCCAGGGGAAGGGGCCAUUGUAGGGGGGGAAGCAUAUCCGGGUGCUCAGCAGGGAAACCUCUUUCCUAAUGAAGGUUUGGCCGAUCAGUUCUGGAGAGGGGGAAAAAGGAAAAUUGGCAAACUGCUGAAAAGUGUGGCCACGCCCAGUUGGCUUGUGAAGAAAAGGAAAGCGAAGCCAAGUUCGCCCGUGAAGAGUCGUUCCCCGGGGGGGUUGAAGUGCAGGGUGAGGAAGUCGAGGGGGGGUGAGGGCCGUAGAAAGAGGAAAGGAGGAGAGUCAAAAAGGGGGGAUGCCUGCGGUGUAGCGGUGGGCGCGGUGGAAGAAGUGGAAAAAGCGGCGGAAGCGGCGGACGGGGCAGACGGGGCAGCCGCGUCGGGCGCACCCGCCGCUCAACACGCGGAGGCCGUCUUCCGCGAGCACGAGUGGAUGCGCCUGAUCCUGCAGAUUAUAGACAAGGGUAAUUUCGAGCUGGCCGAAAAGUUGAUGCUCUUGAUUUUCGAGAAGGAGGAGGAGUUAUACAGGCGGUUCGUGGACGUGGAGAGGAGUGACGCGAGCACGCGCGCGGAUUCUUCCCCCCCCGGCAGGGCAGACGAGCCGAACGGAGGAGGCGAGCUGAGCGGAGCAGAUGAGUCAAACGCAGCAGGUGAACUGCGCCGAGCAGACGAUAGGAAGAAUAGCUCCACGUGUACUAUCGACGACGCACCGCAGCAGAGAAAAAAGGAAGUGUCUCACUACAUGGAGCAAAUCAUGCACAGCUGCCCAGCGGACUGGCCCCUACUAGACAUAGCCAUACUGAUAAUCGUCUCCCAAAUAGUAUGCCACAUUUUUACCCACAACAAAUGGAGGUACUUCUUCCAAAGCUGUGUUCUGUUUGAGCAAUUCUGCAUCGCCAUUUUGCUAAACUCUUCGAUAAUUAAUUCGGAGAAGAAUGGAAUUCCCAUCCUGAUGUUUGAGCACGACUUCUUUUGCAAAAUUGUGACGACUGGGAAUGGAGAGUUAUCCUCCACUGCAGUGAAGUACCGUUGUGAAUACUUAAAGAAUGACCACGUGGGUAAAGAAAUGACCAUUUUGGAUGUGAUUUUUCUGGCCUUGGCUUCCUACAUCACCGUCAGUCAAAAUUUAAAUGAGUACGUCGAACGGAACAACCUUGCGUAUUAUUUGGACUUGUUUCGCAAGAGGGCCCGCGAACGGGGGGUCCAGGAGGAGCGCCGGAAGGGGAAGAAGAGGAGGCCAAGUAACCGCUCCAGUUAUGCCGCAAAAAAGCAGCGAUUUUCCGAACCCCUGCAAUGGAAGAAGCCAACUGAAGAGCAACACCUCUUUGAGAGAACGAAGAGGAGAAGAAUGACGUACGAGAAAAAUGUGAAGCGCAGGCUGAGCAUUCUGAGGACAGCCAAGUGCAUCACUGCAGGGGAUAAACACUCGGUGCGUCGAAGGAGUGCCUGUCUGGACCCAUGGCAUGGGAAAGAAAUUCCAAAGGGAGAUGGUGAAAACAGGAAGGAGGAUAACCAAGGGAACAAAUUCUUCCUCUUUAGGAACAAAAAAAUUGAGACCAUCGUGCAGUACCAUACUAGGAGCCACUUAGAAAAGAUGCUGUGCCAUAUUGUCAUCGAGAUUUUCAACCUGGUGUAUGCGUUUGGGGAGUACUCCGUGGAGAACGUGCUCAUCAUCAGGAAGUUUUUCCGCGUCUUUCUGAACUUCGCGCAGAAGCGGUUCGUCGCCCUCUCCGUGCGCGCGCACAGCGAGAGCGGAAGCGGGAGCGGCGGGGUUAUCGGCGGGGUUAUCGACGAGGUCUGGGGCGACUUGGGCAGCGAACUGCGCGCUACCGCUACCGCUGGUACUACCGCUGGCACUUCCAACUGCGGGAGCGUGCGCGGCGCCGUGCCCCCGCCCCAGCGGAUUUACGAUAACUACCACAACGUGUGGAUUUGGGUGGAAAGGAUCUUCUCCCAGAACUUCUGCGAGCUGAACAACCUGCUGUACAAUGUGGGCCUGGAGAGGAGCAGCCUGGGGGGCGACGACCACCUGAGCGUUAACUAUGCGAAGAUAGAAACGAUUAGUAAGAAUGUGAAGAGGUUUUCCGCGUUGCAGAGGCGGAAUUGCUGCGUGUUGAGGAGGUACUGGGCGACCUUCGGGUCCAAGGAGGGAGUUGCAGCGAGUGGAGAAAGAGACAUAGAAGGAGCAGUUUGCGAUGAUGGUAACGGACCAGGCACAACGCCGCCACGGUCACCUCUGGAGAGAUUCAUGGAAGAAGCACCCACCGGCUUGGCAUCCCACGAGUGGCUCCCGAACGGAGAGCUAGACAAGGAAAACUUGCGCAAACAUAGAAUCCUCUGCAAGCUCGAAAAAAGGGACCACUCGAAGGACAGACUGACCUUCCACUUCUUAAGUGUAGUCGAGUGCAUCUAUAAUGUGUACCACUCGAUGGAGGAGAUACCAUCCUUUCUUCAUUUAAAAAAAAAAAAAUAUUUCUCAAAUUACAUGGGGAGUAGUAGCGAAAAGGAAAAUGGGAAAGAAUCAACGGGGAUGCCCUUCUUGAAUGGACCUACAAAUGAACAGUGCGAUUUGAGCAGAAGCUACUCGAGUCCAAGUCAAGUGGUGGCCCUUCUAAACCACCACAUGGGUAGUAGCAAUAACUGCGACAAGGGGGUGGUAGGUGAUGCCCAGAUGGGAAAGAGGACUAGUGAAGCGGAGGAGGAAGAGGAGGCGGAGGAGGAAGAGGAGGCGGAGGAGAAGACAGACCACUGGGUUAGGCAGCUAAAGAGGAGGUUAAAAAUAUACGACAUCCAGUGGCAUGAAGAUUAUGAAAAGCAGUACGUAAAUUUGGCUAGCUGCAUGAAGAGGUUAAAAAAAAGAUUUAGGGAAAAAAAAAUAUUUUGUAAAAUAAUGGAGAGUGAUUUAAAUUCCUUUUGGCUAGACAAGAACCAGGUGUACCUCCAAUACAUCCAAAUAACAAUUAAUUGUAAAUUUAUUUUGGGUUGUUCCUACGAUGAGAUUUUCAAAUUCGUAAAAGGGAACUACGCUUUUGUGCUUAACAUGGUGGAGGAGAUGCGGAGGGGCUGCACGGGGAGUGCGAGUCCCCCACCCGAGGGGGAAAAAAAAAACUUUCUGGACGACAACUUUUUGCUCAUGGCCUGGGAAAUCGCAAACUUUUACUUUUGCAUUUUGUAUUACAAAUUUGAGCUGAAGGAAAUCUUGCAAGAGUUGCUCAAGUGGGUAUCUAUUUUUAGGGAGCUAGAGCUACAGGAGCGUGGCGGGCGUGGCGGCUGCUUGCUGACGUACCGGCAGCGGUGCGUGUCCUACUCCGUGCACAUUUUAAUCUUCCUCAAUGAGUAUACCUGCGCGCAGAGGGUGCUGAAGCGGUUUUCAAGGGAGUUCCUCCGGGGAGAUUGCAGCCAUCCGUCAGGCGGCAUCAAUCCGUCAGGCGGCAUCGGUCUGUUAAGUGGCAUCAACCCGUUAGGUGGUGUCGACCCGCUCGACCCCCGCUGCGCCGAGAGCAGACCAGCCGUCGCCCCCACGUGCGAAAGAGCAGCUCUGCACGCGCACACCAUCAACAAGUGCUACCUCUACGACAAGUGGAUCAACUUCAUGAUUAGGAAGUACAACCGCCUGAUUCCGUUCCUCCUGGAAAAAAAAAAUUUCGUCAAGCUGAUUCUGUUUAAUAAUAGGAAUGUAAAAAUCCUGCUGAAGAAGAAGAAAGAAAAAGUUAUAAUAAAAAAGGUGAUGCGUAAAAUGCAGCAACUGCAGAGGGUCGUUUUGUCUCUCUAUUGCCUCUGCGUUAAGCUCUACAAGGGCUAUUACGACCACGCGUCCAUUUUGCAUUUCCAAACUGCGCGGCAGUUGUUGGUCGCUUCGAAGUACUUGGGCAUUCACAUUAAGGAGAGGGCGGCGCUCACGAGUUAUUUCCCACCGGGGGGGGGAGCAGCAGAUGGGGCGGAUGGACCAGAGGGAGCAAAUGGAACAGACGCCGCAGACGCAGCAGAUGCAGCAGAUGCAGCAGAUGCAGCCGAUGCAGGUGGGGUGAAGAUGGGAAGGACGCUUCUCCACGAGCUGCCCUACCACGGGGCUUCAAACAACUUCCUCAGCGCGGAUGGUGGAGGGAAUUUAUUUCCUGGGCGCUCUUUUGGCGAUGCGAUGGGCGCAUCCCCUGCGGCGGGGCGCGCGGCCUCGGAGUGGGCUUCCCCCGGGUUGUACUUGCGUGCGGAGAGCGCUACCCCCCACGUGAGUCCUCACCUGGGGAACGCCAACCGGGAUGGUGGCGGUGAAAAUGGCGGUGAGAAGGAGGGCGGCCAAAACAGCGACGACAUGUUCCACCUGCACGCGCUCAUUCUGAGCAUACAGAUACAGUACACCCUCUCGGUCUGCAUCAUAAUUUGCGCAGAUUUGUUCAUCUCCCCGGCCAAGUUAAACCGUCUCGCGGGGGGAAGGCGAGCCAAUAAAGACCCCCCCGCAGUCAGCAAGCCGAAGCAUCCCACCUACGUGCGCUCAUUAUUUAACUGCAAAAUUUUACGCAAGCAUUACAGAGUUAUAAAUGGGCACGAUUUUGCCAAAGGGAAAGGCAGCAAUGGGGCAAAACGGAGGAGGAAGAAGAAGAAGAAGAAAAAGAAGAAGAAAAAGAAGAAGAAAAAAGAGCCCCUGAGUUGUGGCGGCAUGGGGCUGUCUGGACCCAUGCACAUGUACUACGUUGACUACGCUGGUGGAAGACGCCACGGAAAGGGCUUCUCAUCGGGGGUGGGCUUACAGACGGAUAAAAAACUUCCCCACGUUGUUCAGCACGCAGGUAACUUGCGUAACCAUGGGGAGGAGCCACAUGUAGGAGACGGCUCCAAAGACUCGCCCACGGAUUGUUGGCAGGACCACCCGUGGAGCAAUCAGCCGGACCGGGACUGCCUCUCCGACGUCGGGAUGGAACGAACGCGUGACUCUCUGGAGGGGGGCUGGGCGUCUCCACCGCGCGGCUGCCUCAGCGGCUAUAUGAGCAGUGGCUACCUCAACGGCUGCUACAACGGCCGCUUCAGCGGUUACCUUAGUGAGUGCCUGCCCGGGCGCUACGAAAAUUUCAAGCGGUCAAUUUUGAAAAAAAGGGGGAGCAACCUGGGCGUCCGUGAGGGAAAGUUAAAGGAGAACGGGGGUGACUGUGCAGUGCGGACCAGCGGGCCAGACCCGGUGGACGCAAGAAGCGCUUACCACAUCUUAGUGCAAAUUUCGACGUGGCUGAGUAAGAACUCCGCCGCGCAGCUCGCCUGGAUUGGUCAGAAGCUCUUUAAGAUGUGCCUGCCGGAACUGCUGUGCAUCGUGCUGGCGCUUCAAGCCAACAUGUUCAUGGGCAGGAACAUUUUGACGAACAUAAAACGAAUCGACCGCAUACUGAAGCUCUGCGCGGAGAGCCCACAGCUGGUUUACUUCGCCACGGAGUCGCUGAAAAACCACCGAAGCAAGGCAAACCGGAAGACAUACAAGAAUUACUUCAGCAUAGGCAGAAGGUACAAAGAAAUUUUUGAGAAGAGGAAAAGGGACGUCAUCAACUCGAAGGAGGAGCUCUUCCAACUGUGCAAGCAUUUGUUACCAUGUGAUGGGGUGGACAAGGGGGACCACACCACAACGGUGCAGUUUGAGCGGGGGAGCGGCGGGUAA